CGUAAUAGGCUUUUCUUUAAUUUUUAAAUGCAUCAUGGCUGGGAUAGUUAAUGCAUUAGCACGCUAAUAGGACACGUGAAUGCGUCCGCAAAAAGAAUGGUGGGGGCGGAGUGCUGCUUCCUUUCUCUCCCCCCCCCUCCCUUUUUCCUUUCUCUCUCUCUCUCUCUUUCUACGAAGCAGCACAGAAGAUGCCGGCGGAGUGAUGAGCUACGCGUUGCCUGCCUUGGGUGUCCUGCUGCGGUCUUCAUGAACCCAGAAACAAAACUUGGGAAAUAUUGCUCAUCAUUGAAAAAAAAGAAAAAGAAACUAAAGAAAUACGUUUCAUGACGAGUCACAUUAAUCAUGAAGUAUUGUUCCUGAACCGAGGGGUGGGUGGAUGGGUAGAGAACAGAGAAGAAAAUACAGGGAAAGGCAAGACUCUGAAAGAAAAGACAAACCUUGGAUCAAAACCAUUUGGUUUCUCGACGGAAGCAUCUGCUUCUAGAAGAAUAUCCACACUUUAUCAUUCCUAUGAUUGUUUCUGGUGAACUCCAACUUUUCAGUCCUGUGUGCCAAAAAUAUGAAAGUGUCUUCCUCCUUAAAGGAUUAUUCGCUGAUUAUAUGUACUGAUUAUUAAUUAAAAAAAAACAACCCAGGAGUAAAAAUUCAGCAGAACAUAUCAAGAUGCUCAACAUAGGAAGCUUACCUUUAAAAAUGUGUUUUCUAGUAUUGUUGGGAGCAGGAGUAAACGUUUUGCUAUCAGAAGAAUGCACGAGUAGACGGGGACACAUGCGUGCAAAUGGCACGGAGCUGUCAUUAAAAUCAACGGUGGAUCUGUCCUGCUGGCUAAACAAGAGCUUCUACCAUAGGCAUUGUAACAUCGUUUUGUUGCAAAACAACUCCAUUAUCAGUAGCAGCAGCUCUCCAAAUUCUUCAAUCAGAACCCAAAUUCUACUGAAUACUUUUGGGAGGCAGACAUUUAAUUGCAAUUGCAAAGAACCGAGGCCAUUGAACAUAUGUGGAAUUUAUGUUGAUGUUGGAAUUGCUCCAGAUCAACCAAAAAAUGUAUCAUGUGCCCAGUAUGGAAAAUAUGGAUCCACCAUUUGUUCUUGGGAUAAAGGAUAUCAUACCUAUCUGCUUACUACCUAUACACUAUGGGUAACAAAUGAAACCCCCAAUGGAACAGUCUUGGGAGAAAAAAAUAGCACUACAGUUCAAACAGUAGAUCUCAGGAAAAAGCUGGACUUUGAAACUACUUAUACAGUUGUGGUUGAAGCCACAAAUAAACUUGGGAGCAAUUCAUCUGAACCAAUGCAGUUCACAUUAAUAGACAUUGUGAAGCCUCACCCUCCUGUGGACCUCUCAGUAAGCUGUGAUGCCUUUGUUCCCCAAAAUUGUACCAUCUUAUGGCAAGAUCAGCAAGAAACACAGUGCUUUAGACUGAGAUACCAACCAAUCCACAGUAAUUCCUGGAUUACGCUUGAAAAUCUGAACGCUAGAAGGUACGAUCUUCAUGACCUGGAGCCCAAGAUAAAAUAUGAAUUCCAAGUUUCCUGCAGGCUUCUUCUAGAAAGGGGUUUAUGGAGUGACUGGAGCCCAGCAUUUCAAACAGAAGCAGUGCCGUUUGAACCUGUUGAUGUCUGGUAUUUAAAGGAGGAGACCUCUUCCAAAAUGCAGAACAUUACUCUCUUCUGGAAGUCAGUAAAUGUACCAGGAACAAUAAGCCAAAACUUUUAUUAUCAAGUGAUAUUUCAAAACCUCAACCAGAUGCCACCUAGAACUGCAGAAAUGAGUGUGACCACCGAUACUGUUUUCUCACAUGUCUCCCUUAAGGCGGAUUAUAACAUAACACUUAAUUCAAAGAAUUCACGGGGUGUCUCCCCAUCUGUCUACAUAACUACAAAAUUGGGAAUUACAGAACUGCUACCACCUAACCAGGUCUCUGCCACAUCCAUGGAGAAUGAGAGAAUCGUUGUUAAAUGGGAAGCACCUUCAUCAACACCAUCCUCUUUCAUCAAUGGAUAUGUAGUUGAAUGGGUAGAGAUCCCUCAAGACUAUCACAGGAACACCUCCCUGACAUGGUUUAAAAUUCCUGUUUCUAAUUGCACAGCGAUAAAAGAUAAUUUAAAGCCCAACGUAUGCUACCACAUCAGUGUGUUUGCACUCUAUCAGGACAGAGCAGGAAAAGCAGCUACGACCACAGAAAAUAUCUCAGCAAAAGCUCCAUUAACAGGACCUCAGAUUGUGAAUGUAACUGUGGAAGAUGGGAGCAUUUUGGUCUCCUGGAGAGAAGUUCCAGAACAUCAGAAGAUGGGGUGUAUCAUUAGUUAUAAGAUUUAUUUGCAGAAACAAUUCUUUUCUGUACCCCCAGAUGUCCAUGAGAUCUCUAAUCCAGCCCCACAGCCCUUUUGUAUAAAAAACAUAGAGGCUGGUGCUUCCUAUGUUAUUUGGAUGACGGCUUCUACAAACGCUGGAGAAAGCCCGAGAGGGAACGAAGAGCUGAUCUACAUAAAAAGUGGAUUUAUAGGUGUUUCUGACUGGGUUCCAAUUGUAACCAUUUGCAUUAUUAGCACACUUUCAGUCUUCUUUUGCUAUAUACCAGCUGUUCGGCAAAAGAUUUUCUCUCUCUUUUCUGCUUUGGUAUUUGGUUGGUAUCCAGAUCCAGCUAACUCUACAUGGGCAAAAGAAUUCUCUUCUACAGAGGAUGAAUCAAGUUCCAAUUCUACAGAGUUUUUAAGCCACCCAGUCAGAUCUGAAGACCCCGAAACUCUACAAAUAAAGGAAAUCUUAAUUGAAAGACAGGGCUUUACUUUUAUGGAUGGGCACAUAUACAAAAAUUCUGAGACAGAGGCACUAUCUAUGAGAACUAGCAACUGCAAUUCUUUGACUACCAAUAUAACAGAUAGUACUGGGAACUAUCAGUUGCCAUCUUUGUACAAGAAACUUAUACCUGAAGAUCGAAAUGAAAGCCAAGUAUUUUCUGAGUGCUUGGUUAAUCCACUCAAGGAUGCCACAGAAGAUUACCUGCCAACCAUCACACCUGCCAUUAUGACAUCUGAGGAAGACAGCUCUGGAUCUGAACUCAAUUCGUUGCCUAUUUUCCCUAUAAGUUCUUUUCGAAGAAAUCCAGGUUUUUUGGGUGGAAAACUUACUCUGGAUGCUAUAAAAAUGGACUGUAAUUCUUUCACUGAGAACCCUUUUUUAAGAGCAGAGAUAUAGGGAAUGUUGCUCUUAAGCAUUAUGACUACCUAUGCUCUGUGAGGGUUGCUAUUCUCAUGAUACCCCCAAACGCUUCUCAUGGGCAUUAGAUUCUGUUGGGAUUUUUAUAAAACAAAAGAAAGAUAAGCAAUUUCAUGAUUUCAAAAACUGGGCACUAGAGGGGAUUAAGUUUUUAAGAAGAGGAAAGAUAUACAAGGCAGUAAGACUAUUGCAAAAUUGUUAUAUCAAUGAAUCUACAAAGGCGGCUUUUGAAAAAUGAAUUCAGAAAAUGCUAGCUACAAUAUCGAUAAUUUCAGUAAUUAUUUCUGCUUCUAUGAAUAGAUGUCCAAAUGUUCUUCAAUGUUAUUGAAGAAAUGACAUAGAACAAAUUUUAUCUGACAAGAUAGAAAUGGUUUCAAAAGUGGAUGUAUAACUGACAGACCAAGACAAUUACUUUAAAAAAUGAUGUUUCACUGGAUUUAUUAAAGAAACUGACUUAAAUUUACUUAAACUUAAAAUUUAAAAGAGAACUACAAACCAAGGGCGUGACCUGGAUGUUUCUUUACUUGAUUUAUAAAAGAGGCUUAUUAAAGCCUUGAAGAACAGUGUGUGAUGAGAUAAAGAAGAAAUAGAGAAAAACAGAUCCUAUGACAAUAUUUGAAUGAACUAAAGAUUAACAUGGUUAGAAAUAAAAAGGAUAUCAAAUUGUUUUUUGAUUAACAUUAAAACAAGAUACAUAGUUAGCAUGUAUUUUGGGAAUUUUUUUUUUUUUUUGGUGACACCAGGACUGAAAAGAUGAUGUU